AUGGCCAAAAUUCAUCAAAUUGCACAGUAUAUUUUGUAUCAAAAAUCCACGGAUAAAUCUGUGGCAACUUUGAAAAGCUAUGAAGGAGAUCUUGUGCAUUUUUCAAAAUGGUUUAGGGAUGCUAAUGGUGAAGAGUUGCGGCUUUCAAAAGUGACACCAACAGAUAUGCGCCAAUAUAAACAGUUUAUGAUUGAUGCCAUGAUGAAGCCCCAAACAAUCAAUCGUCGCUUGCUUUCAUUAAAAUAUUUUAUUGAAUGGGGAGUAGAUACAAAACGUAUUAAAUAUCGCCUUCCUUUACCUAAAAGAGUGAAACAAGCUAAAGUGCCCCCUCAAUGGUUAACUAAGCAACAGCAGAAUCGUUUACUGCGCUAUGCAGAGCGUUAUGGAAAUGUGCGGGAUCGUUCUAUUGUUGUUAUUCUUUUAAAUACAGGGCUUCGUGUGAGCGAACUUUGUGCUUUGAAGUGGUGCAACAUUACGAUGAGUGAAAGAAAAGGCAAUCUUCAUGUGGUUAACGGAAAAGGCUCUAAAUAUAGGACAGUUCCUUUAAAUAAGGAUACGCGCUUUGCUCUUGAUAACCUGGGUUAUAAGAAUUUUGCGGGAUCAAAUAACUCUAUUUUUGUGGGACAGCGAGGCCCUCUUAACCCGCGAGGUAUUCAGUUAAUUUUAAAACGCUUAUUGAAGAACACAGAUCUUGAAAUGAGUUCACCUCACCAACUCAGACAUACCUUUUGCAAGAAUCUUGUAAAUGCCGGUGUAAGUCUUGAGAAAGUAGCCACUUUAGCGGGUCAUGAACAACUAGAGACAACAAAACUUUACUGUCACCCCUCUUUGUCUGACCUCGGAGAAGCCAUUGAAAAAAUAGGAGAGUUAGACGCAUGCGCGUAA